GUGACCCAUCUGAACUAUACACAAUGUCUGCUAAAACCAAAAUACUUAGGUUUUUAUGUGUAAGCUAUAUGUGUAGUAUUGUAAGCUCUAGCCUUUAAGAUUAUACAUAAUUUUACUACAUUUUUUAUAAUACAUUUUCUUUCAUAGAAUUCUACUCUACCUCUACACUUCCAGGUUUUGCAGUUUAGUAAAAUGUUUGUUAAUUAAUGUUUUUAUGUAUUUUCCAGGUGGAAAGGUUAUUGGUCAUGAUACAACAGUCAUAUAUGGAGAAAAUGCCACUUUGUUGUGUCAGCUGACUGAAACAGAUGAUGAUCUAACUCGUAUUAUAUGGAAGAAAAAGACACGAGAAAAACUUGAGGAGAGCGUCUUCUUUGUCAUUCGCCAAGGGGGAAAAACUGAACAUAAGAAUGGAUUGGAGGACAGAGUACAAUUUAUUGGGAACUUUGCAGAGAAAAAUGGAUCAAUUCAGCUGUUCAGAAUGAGGCUUCUGGAUGAAGGGAUCUACACAUGUACCUUCAACCUAUACCCUAGUGGGCCAUUAGAGACUGACAUCAAUGUCACCGUUUUUGCUCGUCCUGCAGUUAACGUGAGAGGGGAGGCACCUGUUGCUGGAUAUUUAGAGGUGAUGUUGGCGUCAUGCUUUGCCUCUAAUGCACGGCCUGCAGCAGAAGUGAUGUGGAGAUUAGGAGACCUGGAAAACUCUCUGAGGACUGAAACCAACCGUACAGUGCACCCAGAUGGGACCAUUACUGUUGUGUCCUACUUGCUUGGUGUCCCAUUAAAACAUUUAAAUAAGAAGAACAUCCAGUGUGUGGUGAAACACAACACUCAAAAAGAUGAACUUGUGCUGAACUACACAAUAAACAUCCAUUAUCCUCCUGAGUCAGUGGUUAUAAUUCCUGACAGUCCUAAAAAUGCUAAAGUAUUCUGGUGUAAAGUGGAUAGUAACCCAGAACCAACCAGCUACACCUGGACAAGAAUCCAGCACCGUCUGUUGGGGUCUGUUUGGCUUUGUCAUCUGCUGUGCUGUUCUUGCUGUUGUUGGUGGUGUGAUAUUCAGAUUCAAGCGGGCAGUGUAAGACAAGCAAGACAGGAGGAUGAUCCGGUUGAAAGAGAAAUGGGGAGGAUUUCUGAUCAGUGAUGGCUGUUUUUGGACCAGCGCUCUUUCUUGAACCAGAUGUCCCAAAUGAUGAGAUGUGCCUACACUCUUAAAAGGGGAAUAAUACUAACUGAAAGUUAAGGACUGGUUAGAGGGGAUUCGAGUGAGAGUGUUAAAUUGAAAGUAGAACAGAUAUGCUGGAAAGUACCUUUUGAAGGGAGCAUGAUAUUAUACACAAGCCUGCAAAAGUCCCUUCUUAAAUUAAUAAUAAAAAAUUAAGCAUUAUGUACAGCUUCCCUUCUGAUGCAAGAGGCAGAGCAGGAUAUCCUAUAUCCACAGAUGUCUGUUAAACCGCAAAGAAUAGGGUGAGGUGUAGUUUAGGAAUGUCAAGUCACCUUUAUUUAUAUAGCGCUUUUAACAAUACAGAUUGUGUCAAAGCAACUGAACAG